AAUAGCUUCAAACUCUCCAAGGACGCACUUGGGACGCACUGCGCGCUCGCACUUUCGAGCAACGCGCCGGCGAUAGCUAACCCCUAUCACGUCUGCGAGAUGGGUUCCGAAAAGUUCUCAGGCCUUGAUCAGCUUCCGUUCGAUGUUCUUGUUGAGCUUGCAAGUCACCUCAACAUUCAAGAUGUUCUUCGCCUCCGACAGACUUCGAAGCACCUUCGAGACGCUACAUACGACCGCGAUGUUUGGGCCUCGCUAUACAGGCGCAGCAACCUCCCGAGGAGUCUUGGCCCUUGUCCCACGCAGACACGUCAGAUGCUUGAAGAUACGCUUCUGCAGUCUUUCUCAGUGCAAAAAAACAUGUUCUCAAUGUUGAGAGAGGCGCGAUUCUCCACAUAUAACAUCGGUCAAGAGGUGGGGCUGGUGGUAGGACCAAGGUAUGCACUUACAAUCAACCUGUCCCGCAACCGGAUCAUCUGUCGAGAUCUCAACUCCGAGAAAACUGCACCAAUGACUAUUCGAAAAAUCGAGAAGGGGUCCAAGUUCAAGUUCUGGGCCAUCCAUCACUUCGACGCCAUGACUUACGGCGGGCAAAAGAUGAGCCUUGUGUUUGUGGAGGAGCGAGAGAAGCAUCACGGAGUUCCCCUCGUCAAUAGUCCCGUUGAAGUGUACAUCUUCCGACUGAUAGAAUUUGAGCAAGCCGGGAUCGUUGGCGUGCGUUUGGAAGAGAUCAACAGGCAUUCGGCGGUCUUAAAUAACCCAACCAUAGUUCCGACAAUGAACGUUUGGCCAAGUCCUAAUGCACUUAUCAUUCGGUGGAAGAGAGAGAACAAAGCAUUCCUGUGGAGCACUGGAGACUUGGGCAGCGCUCCAUUGCCUUUGAUCCACCAUCCCCACGAACUUAACGGCUACGCUCCCUCGUACAUCGCCUGCAGAACACAUCUCAUCUCAUUUCUCCGCUCGCUGGAUCCGGACGAAAUGAUCACCGCGGCGGCACCCCUCGAGGAGGUUUUUGCUCGUCGUUCGAUGCAUCCCACGGCCAAGGGGAUUAUACCCGGCGAUCUCAGCCAAAUUCAAGUCCUUCGAGACUCUCUUGUGGAUGCUAGAACCGGGACCACCGAGGUUAUCUUUUCUGCGCAUGAGGCUGUGUUCUUCUUUGACGAAGAAGAUCGUGAUAUGGAGUUUAGGAUCGUCGUUAUUCGACUCUGCAUUCCGCCCAACACGACUGGCAAUCUGCAUGGUAACCUUCUUGUGGAGGUCCAAGAGCUCAUCACCCUUCCGCCAGAUUCUCGAGGGGUCAUCAUGAGCGCUUCGUGGAACGGAAGCACGCGUCUAGCUUUCUCGCACCCAAUGCCGGCAGAUGGCCGGGACACAGAUGACUCGGAAUCUACAGAAUCAGACCAAGGGGAAAGCUGGUAUACGCAGAUCGACAUUGCAGAAAUCGUAUGGGACGAAGAAACGCAACAAGCCAGAAGCAGCGUGGCAGAAGACGUCCUCAUUCCGUACGACGCAAUAGACAAGUUCGAUGGCGAGAGGGGAGAUGCGAUGCUGCAGUUUUUCGAGAGCGAGAUCGGUUCGGGGAAACUCUUCUUUGACUAUUCUGAGGCUGAAGGUUAUGACCGGUCGGAGAAGCGUAGACUAGGUGUCCUAGACUUCACGCUCUAAAUACCCAGUGCAACAGAUAAGCGAGCUGCAUAGACCCCGUAUAGUCACGCUCGUACAUGUAAGGCAAGGAAUGGUGGCGGUAGCUUCUAGUCAAUGCAAAAUAAAUGUUUGUCAAAUUUC